UGGGGGUAUUUACAGAGCCAUCAUCGUUCUCAAUUUCUCACUCGAGAACAGAGACGAUGGAAGGAUCGAAGAAGAUAGAGCACGAAAUCGGAGGUCUAAAAAACGAUGCGUUUCGUUUCGGACUUCAAGGCGUCAAGAGUGAUAUCGUUGGAUCUCAUCCUCUUGAAUCAGCCUUUCAAUCGGCAAUCGUGAGAGAAGAGAAUAUGAAACGAAAGAUUCUUGCGAAUACCUAUGGCUCAGCUUUUUCAGUAAAGCAGGAGCUCGACCGGAAAAUCCUUUCUAGAUUUCAAAGGCCUCCGGGACUUGUACCAUCAUCCAUGCUUGGAUUAGAAUCAUUGACAGGAGCCUUGGACGACUUUGGUUUUGAAGAUUAUUUCCAAGGUGUUCAUGACACUGAAACGACGUGCAUCCCCGACAUGCACCACGGAAUGGAAGUUCGUGUUGGGAUCUCAAAGGGACCGAUUCAUCCUAGUUUCGUAUGAGGUGCUUGAGAACAUCUAAUCUUUCAUAGAACAUUCAUCUACGUUCAUGUUUUCAAUGUGGUUUCAUUUUCAACAUUGCUUUGUAUUUGCAUGCAUAACAUUGUCACAAAAAUCAUUCAAUUUUAUCCCUACAUGUUUACUCGAGUUCUAUGUAUAAACAUCAGUCUCUUGCAAGGUUUUAAAAGACAUGAAACAUGACGGUGAGGUUAAGCCUUGA